CAGGAGCCUCGGCUUCCGCCCCGCUCCCUGCGCGGCUCUCAUGCGGCGCCCUCGCUGACACCUGAAAUCCACUGCUUGCCGUCCUCCUGGGGAUCACGGGGUUGCUCGGCUCGCCGCCCUCGGCGGUUGCAGUCGUCGUCGUGCGGGCCUGCGGCGGUCGCCCAUGGAGAAGAACGGGCGGGGCGGCGAUAGCGCCCCCCGGGGGCCCGUACUGCACAUCGCGGUGGUCGGAUUUCAUCACAAGAAGGGCUGCCAGGUUGAAUUCUCUUACCCGCCCCUGAUUCCAGGAGAUGGACAUGACAGUCACAGUCUACCUGAAGAAUGGAAGUAUUUGCCCUUCCUUGCCUUACCAGAUGGCGCACACAACUACCAAGAAGAUACUGUGUUUUUUCACUUGCCACCCAGAAAUGGAAAUGGAGCCACUGUAUAUGGUAUCUCUUGCUAUCGACAAAUUGAAGCCAAGGCAUUGAAAGUACGGCAAGCAGAUAUCACCAGAGAGACCGUUCAGAAAAGUGUCUGUGUUCUAAGCAAGCUGCCUCUCUAUGGCUUACUUCAAGCAAAACUUCAGCUCAUUACGCAUGCAUAUUUUGAAGAGAAGGAUUUUUCUCAAAUUUCCAUUCUAAAGGAGCUCUAUGAACAUAUGAAUAGUUCCCUGGGAGGAACUUCAUUAGAAGGAUCCCAGGUAUAUCUUGGUCUAUCUCCUCGAGAUCUUGUGCUUCAUUUUCGACACAAGGUCCUAAUCCUGUUUAAACUAAUUCUUCUUGAAAAAAAGGUUCUCUUUUAUAUUUCUCCAGUGAAUAAAUUGGUGGGUGCCCUGAUGACAGUGUUAUCCCUUUUUCCAGGCAUGAUUGAACAUGGUCUCAGUGAUAGUUCUCAAUAUAGACCCCGAAAGAGUAUGUCUGAAGAUGCUGGGCUUCAAGAAAGUAAUUCCCCUGAAGAUGAAUUUGUUUCUAUGCCUGCUCCUGACAUUUCAAAUACCAACUUGGGAACUGUUGAGAAAAUCAUGAUGAGAAACCAUGGAAGAGAUGCUGUCAUCAAGACUGAAGAACCUUUGUUCCAGGUAGAUGAUGACAACACUGAAGGACAGGAACCCAAUGACAGCAAUCAAUAUUUGAAACCUCCUUCUCGCCCAUCUCCAGAGUCUUCAGAAAGUGACUGGGAGACCUUGGAUCCUAGUGUCUUAGAGGACUCCUCCUUGAAAGAAAGAGAACAGGUGGGAUCAGAACAGACAAACUCAUUUCCAAAGGACUCUUUGCCCUCAGACAGUCCUCCGAUUACUGUACAACCUCAAGCUAACACAGGCCAGGUAGUCCUGAUACCAGGGCUAAUUUCUGGUUUGGAAGAGGACCAGUAUGGCAUGCCCCUGGCCAUCUUCACAAAGGGAUAUCUGUGUUUGCCUUAUAUGGCAUUGCAGCAGCAUCAUCUUCUCUCUGAUGUCACCAUUCGAGGAUUUGUUGCUGGAGCUACUAACAUCCUUUUUCGACAACAGAAACACCUCAGUGAUGCCAUUGUGGAAGUAGAAGAAGCUCUGAUCCAGAUCCAUGAUCCAGAACUCAGGAAGCUGCUUAACCCAACCACUGCAGACCUAAGGUUCGCAGAUUACCUAGUGAGGCAUGUGACCGAGAACCGGGAUGAUGUCUUCCUGGAUGGCACGGGCUGGGAGGGAGGUGACGAAUGGAUUCGAGCCCAGUUUGCAGUCUACAUCCAUGCACUGCUGGCCGCCACACUGCAGUUAGAUAAUGAAAAGAUCUUAUCAGACUUUGGGACGACCUUUGUUACAGCAUGGAAGAACACUCACAACUACAGGGUCUGGAACAGCAACAAGCAUCCAGCACUUGCAGAAAUAAAUCCGAACCAUCCUUUCCAAGGCCAGUAUUCAGUGUCAGACAUGAAGUUAAGAUUCUCACAUUCUGUUCAAAACAGUGAACGUGGCAAAAAACUUGGAAACGUCAUGGUCACAACGAGUCGGAAUGUUGUGCAAACAGGAAAAGCUGUUGGGCAGUCAGUUGGAGGAGCUUUUUCCACUGCAAAGACAGCCAUGUCUUCAUGGCUUUCUACUUUCACCAGUUCCACUCCACAGAGUCUCACUGAGCUGCCUGAUGGGAAACCCUGAGCGGAGCAAGCCACCCAGAAGCUGCUGUUGCUUUCUUAGGUUUAAGCGUCCCCUGUCUGUCUGCUGCUCCCAGACUGUCCUCUUCAUCGACCACAGGUCCACAGCAGGGACCUAUAGGUCGAACUGUUUACAUGGACGGUUGCCCUCUGUGUAAAUGAAUGUCACGGGAUGCUGGAAAGACGAAACCAGAACCGUAGCAGGGACGGCUUCCCAGGUUGGGGUUUAAAUUGACUACUUUUAUUUCAGUCUGAGCCUGAUUAAAACACAGUGAACGUUCUAAUGAAUUUUGAGUUCUGAUAUUAUACAUUUGUUUACUUUAGAAAAGUUUUUACUUGGUGUAAAUUUUGUUCUGUUGUUGCUGUUUGAAUAUCCAGAUGGAUAUUUAUAUGUGCUAAGAUUAAGUUAUAUUACUAUUUUAAUUUCUCUAAAGUGGGCCCUAAAAUGUGCUUGCAUUUACAGUAAGGGGCCAUAUAAUCCAGCCCUUCAUUAUUAUCUUGCUGAGUUAUAUGAGGAUUUUUUGUUUGUUGGUUUUCUACCCACAAAACACAUUAUCACUUCACUUCCUCCUAGAAACUGUGGAAGUCAGGGGUGGUAGUUCUGAGGAUGGAGUGUUUUGGUUUGUGCUUUUAAUUUUUUUUAUUAUUAUUAUUAUUGGAGUAUAAUUGCUUUACAGUGGUGUGUUAGUUUCUGCUUUACAACAAAGUGAAUCAGUUAUACAUAUGUUCCCAUAUCUCUUCCCUCUUGCGUCUCCCUCCCUCCCACCCUCCCUAUCCCACCCCUCUUGUGCUUUUAAUUUAUUCUUUCCCAAUCCCAAGCACUUGCUUUGAGGUGUCAAGGUGCUUUCUUCCUUUUCCUAAUUGUUCAAGUAGAUGUGCAAAGAAACAGCAUGGUGACAGUUAUAGCGGUGUUCAAGCAGUUUAACUGAGUGUGUAUUUAGGGCAAGACUUAAAGAUCUAGGUGUUAGUUCUGUUGAUUGUAGUAAUGUUGCAAUCUUUACAUGCAUUUUUUAACCCGGAGUUUGUGCCUUCUAUUUCUUCUUUUGAACAGUUUUCCAUUGGGUGUUUACAGACCUACAGGUUUUUUCUUAGUCUUAAUCUUCUUAAAGCUUUUCAGGGCCCUUGGCCUUCCUACUUCCCUGAUAGAAAAUCCUCAUGUAAUCAAUCUCUAUCCCCUUCCAAAAGUAUUUAUGAAAGAAAAGCAAGAUGAUCUGUAAAUAUUAAAUAGAAAUCUCAUCCUGGCUCACAUUUAGAAAAGCAAAGAGAAGAAAACUACAGCCAUGACAUCAGUCAUGUUUCAUGAAGGACACCUGGGUUCAUUUUAGACACAGGUGUGCUCACUACUGAAGAUUUUUACACAACUAGACCUCAUGUGGCUGCCAGGCUCAGCUCUCAUUUGCUUUUCAAGGGGACUUUAGCUGGGUGUUCUCAGGGAGUACUUACAAGCGACAGACUGCUUUUUUAGUAUCAAAGGAUACUUGGAAAAUAUAUCAUGAGUAUAAUCUACAUUUGAUAAUAGAGUAUUGAGAAAAUCGGGGACCUAAUUAGGGAGGACGCUUGAUUAUAUUUGAUUUAUCCUUUAAGAAAUGUUUGUGUUAGAAGCACUACUAGGGCAUGUGAAAUGAAACAGGGACAUAAUCUAAAUAUCCCUAAAUUUUCCAAUUUGUGUUUUAACACAAGUCCUGCACACCUAAAAGCGUACUUCCCUUUGAGUAUAAUAACUCAAGGUAAAGGGCUUAUUGUGAGAACUCUAUUAAUUCCACUUCUGCUAGGAAAGUUUGCUUUCUCAGGAAAUACUAUUUGAAGAGAAGAAAGUAGUACCAAACAAAACUUUAAAAGGUACUUUAAAGUUGCACUGAGACUAACAUCUUAUUGUUUCGUGACGCCGCAUUGUUGGGUAGAGUGUGAUGGUGUAUCGGUGCGCAUUUGCUACUCUCGACUGCCAGGCUGUUCACGGCGCUAAGAAUGCUGUGAGGGGUCAGCCAGCACGCUGCUGGUUCCUCCUUUCGUUUGUAUGGCUUGUAUGAUUGGGGUGAAUUCUAAUCUCACUAUUCAAAGAAGUCCAAUCCACUUUGGAAUCCCACUGAAAUAAAACAAGUUACAUAAAAUUUAACUUUGCUUUAGUAUCACUCCCUAUUUUAUAUACACCUUAAUGGAACUUUCUAUUCAUGUUUCUGGUUAAGAGUUCAACUCUUAUUUACAGUGGUCAUUUAACUGGCUUUCAACAUAAAGUGAGUAUUUCAGAAGAUAGAACUUUUGUCAUAGAAACGGUCAAAAGACCAUAACUCUGUUUCCUUCAGGUUCUAGAAUGUAUGGGCAUCUUCAGGGAGUGCAGGCUAUUACAUUGUUGCUGGGGGGCCCUGGGGCAGCCAGCACAGUUGCAGGCAGGAAGCCUGGCCCCUGUUCCCGGGAGCCUACGUGCUUCAAGUUUGGGCUCCGGGCUCCAGCCCAGCAUCCAGCCUGGAAGCAGUAGCCUCCUCCAGCCACUGGCUCUUGGGGCAACAGGAGCCAACACUGGUGUGGCUGUCUUCAUACAAAUCACUGGAAAAGGUGUGUGCUUUGCUUGGCCACAGUGUUUUUGUCUGAGAACUGAGUGCAUUUAUGUAGGCCCGAGGGAGCUAGGGUCAGCCAGGCUUUUUCAGGGUGUGCCAGGCAACGCAGACUGCAUGCAUAGCUUGGUGGAGACCUCGCUGCUGUCCAGGUGACUUAAAAAGAGUGUUUGGAAAAAGUCCCUGGUGUGCUUUAAUUCCUACUAGGCACUGUAAUGACGAUGACAUAGGUAAGGGAAAGAGGGUUAAAGCUGGCCCAAGUGUCCUGAGUUAAGUGAAUAGGAAAAGUUGCCUGUCACAGUAUGGCUUAGGGUGAUUUUGCAUCUGCCUUUGGCUCACAUAACCAGUAUGAAUAGUCUAUCCCCAAAUCCGUUAGUGAUUUACUAGCCCUCAGGCCCUAAAACACAAUUCUCUUCUACUUUUUGCUUUAAGAAACACAGCAGCUAUAUCUUUGGGCAGCAAACCAGAGCAUAUGACGUGAUUUCCUCAACCUUAUCUUGCUUUCCAAGUCCUAUAUUAAGCAUUGUUUUUUGUUGUUGUUGUUGUUUUUAGAAUAAUUUACUUAGAAAGGCAAGGAGAAAACAAAUUAGGAAGGGAGAGGUGAGAAGUUGCAAAGCCGAGAGACAAGGUCCUUUAAAAUCUGAAUGAAAGUACUUUGAGAGCAGUAUUUUUUUUUCUUUUGGUAUAAAUUUAUUUAUUUUUGGCUGUGUUGGGUCUUCGUAGCUGCGUCCAGGCUUUCUCUAGUUGCGGCGAGCGGGGGCUACUCUUCAUUGCGGUGCACUGGCUUCUCAUUGUGAUGGCUUCUCUUGUUGCGGAGCAUGGGCUCUAGGAGCAUGGGCUUCAGUAGUUGUGGCAUGUGUGCUCAGUAGUUGCGGCUCGCAGGCUCUAGAGCGCAGGCUCAGUAGUUGUGGCGCACGGGCUUAGUUGCUCUGCGGCAUGUGGGAUCUUCCCGGACCAGGGCUCAAACCCAUGUCCCCUGCAUUGGCAGGCUGAUUCUUAACCACUGUGCCACCAAGGAAGCCCGAGAGCAGUAUUUAAUAUGCUAAAUGUUGUACGAAUUCUUUUAUGAAGAACUUAAAUUUUUCAUCUGCUAGUUACGAGUUUUAAAAUGAGGCUUUAACUUUAUCUCCCUGGCAGGCAGUUUUUGUUUUGUGGAAGUUAGAGCCAGUGGUCCUUUUCCCUGAGGCCUGGUGAUGAGUUUAGGAGCACCCAGCCCUGUGAGGGGCCAGUGGACUUAUCCUGAACCCCUUGAACUUUUAUCUGCUUCAGCAGUUUGGAAAAGUAGCCUGUUAGGCUGGCAGCCGGUAAGUGUUGCCUGUUUAUCAGGGAGUUGGUUGGGACUCUUGAGAUGGCAUUGACAUUUGCAUGCUCUGAUUGUUUGACCAGAGGUGGCACAGCAUUCAUGGCCUUUCCACCCAGUUCUGUGGUAGCCUCUAAACACGACAGAGAACGCAGCCCUAGUUUCUAGAAGAUGAUUGUCACACCGUGUAGCUCAGCGUGCCACUACGAGUUUUUUCAUUCCAAGUCUUUGGACUUCAUAACAUUGGAAUUGUUUUUUCAUCAUUUCCAACAUUCCAUAAAUAUUUGUCAAGGACAAAGAAAAGGAAUGUGGAUCUUUAUUCUUCUCAUAUAAAUAACUUUGUACACAUGACUUCCUGCUUUCAUAUGAAGGAGAAGAAACUAGCUCCCUUGUAUGGCAGCUCUAAAACUAAAAGAUUGUUGCACGUAUAAGGGGGUUGAAUAUAUUUUGUAAAACGCUAAUGCAUUUGUAUCUCUGUGCUGUUCUAAAGAUUACCUUUUUACUUAUAUUAAUUAAAGAUAUAGAAACUAUAUAUUUAAAUCAUGUUAAAUGGGACACAACUUAGGGAUUUUCCUCAAUCUUAUUUUUCAUCAGCUUCUCACACUCAUAUAGUAUGCUGCUCAAAUUUUUUUGUGUGCAAUAUGAAUAUUUGAACAUUUCAGUCAGGUACUGAGCCAGAAAAGGUAAUUAAAGUUUUUAGAAAACUUAACGUGCUUAGAAAAUAUAUUGUUUUCUUGAAAUAUUAGUAAUUUAUAGCUGGAAAUAUAGGAUCAAGACUUGUUUCAGGCCACUUGAUCUCUGGUUCCUAAAUUUAGGAAGCGUAUGAUUAACAAGUUGGUGAAAGCAUUUAGUGGGUACAGAAAUAGUUUAAAUACUUGAGAUUAAAGGUUUUCCACAAACCCCAUUCUAAGAAAGUUUAGCUUAGAAAUCUUAGAAAGUUUUCUUAGGAAGUUUAGAGCUGUGGUACAUGUUUUGAUCAGAAAGGUAGUUUCUCUUUGCUCUAGUAGUUUUAUAAUUUGUACUAGUCUUUUGUUUCUGUUGUCAUUUGUUUUUAAAAAAAUGUUAAAAUUAUAAAUCACGUCCAAUCAUACUGAAUUGUAA